AUGUUACUUGGCGAUCCCAAAGCCAAUGCUCGGUCGUCACGUCCACGAGCGGCAAGUCCAGCAGAGGCUGAGAUGGGGUCGUGUCGUGAUCGAACGGCAAGUCCAGCAGAGGCUGAGAUGGGGUCGUGUCGUGAGCGAACGGCAAGUCCAGCACAGGCUGAGAUGGGGUCGUAUCGUUAUCGUGGUCUAGCUGGAUACAGUCCCAAUUGGUAUCGCAUCGUCACUGAUGGAGGAGAAGGCGGCAGAGAAGGUGGCAUGGACUUGUCUAACCGCAGUAUGCCUGCCCCUUGUCGUAACACUGGAGAUCGGUCUAACCGCCGAGGCUCUGUGCCUUCGACUUGCCUGCCAGCUCUCAGUGCUGACGAUGAUUACCUGGGCAUGAGUGAUAUGGGACAGACUCCCACACCUUUUGAGGAAGAAGAAGAAGCAGAAGAAAAAAGACCUGUUAUUGUUAGACCCGGUGAACAGAAGAGAAGUUGCCAUGCUGUCGCGUCAAGCGGAUGA